AUGUUGUCGACUACUUUCGCCACUUUCCUUCUGGCCUCAUUGUCGUUCGUUCGUGCUGCUGAACCGGCUUGGCCGUUCGACGUGACUACUCUCUCAGCUCCUGAUGGUUCCAUUACCGCGAAAUUCGUUUCAGUUGGCGCAACCAUGACUGAGCUUUGGGUCAAGGACCGGAACGGGAAAGCAAGAGACGUUAUUUUGGGUUAUGACGACAAUACCAACUUAUUGACAGACCCCAACCAUCCUGUUUUCAUAAGUCUUCUUCACCCUUCAACGACUUCUCCGGAACUGAUGUCUGUCUAUACAAUCCUAUCUUCAGCUCCCCUUCAACUCUUCUCGUCUGGCUCGAAAGGAACCUUUUCUAUUCCUAUCACCAAAUAUGCGCAGCCCCCUGGUCCCGGUGUAUACCAAAUUCCUACCAAUGAUCAUGACGGUCAAGUAUGCAAAACCUUUCAUCUCCUUCCGUAUGAGACGGUGACUCUUCAUGGCGGUAUCCUCGGAUGGGAUCGACGGAACUGGACCAUCGUCUCACGGUCUCCGACCAGUGUAACGUACAAGCAUGUCGACCCCGCUGAUGAAGGGUUCCCCGGAAACGUUACCGCUUUCGCAACACAUUCAGUCUCCAAUGGAGGUUCCCUGAAGACCUCGGUAUUCGCCACUGCUACCGAGAAGACGCCCAUCAUGCUCACGCAGCAUAUCUAUUGGAAUCUCGAUGCCUUCCAAGAUGGUACCAACGACAUUCUGUCCCAUCACCUCCAAGUCGAUUCCUCCAAAGUCGUAGAUCUCGACGGAAACGCAAUCCCCACCGGUAAAUUCAUCUCAGCUACCGGUACUCCCUUCGACUUCCGAAAUGAACAGGAGAUCGGGGCAAGGUGGAACACUACGAAGGAUCUCUGUGGACCGGGAUGUCAGGGAUAUGACCAUUGCUGGAUUUACGACCGUAAUGUGUCUUCGAGGACGGGAACGUCGCUUUGGAGUGACAAGUCUGGGAUCAGACUUGACAUAACCUCAAACCAACCGGCUGUCCAGGUGUACACCUCUUUCUGGCUCAACACUCCUAGGAAGGUAGUCCAUGGAGGCCCGAGUAAGAAUUACACUAGUUGGUCUGCUGUAGCGAUUGAGCAAGAAGGAUAUGUUGAUGCCAUUAAUACGCCUGAGUGGGGCGUAGAUCAGAUCUAUGGACCGGACAGAGACUUUACAUGGAGUUCCACCUAUAAGUUUUCUGUGAUGCCUUGA